GACAAGCCAUGACCAUUGGCCAGUGACCAACAUUUUGCCAUGGCGUUUCUACAAUGCGUCCUUGCAAUUGGGGUGAUGCAGGUUGCCAGCAUUUUGCCAAGUCCAUUGCGGGAGAUCCUCCUCUUCUUUAUUUGCCUUGGAGUUUUGUGGGGAGGAGCUUUGGUGGAACAGGCCUCCAAGCUGCCGUCUGAUGGCCCUGAGCCGCCUUCUGGUUGGUCCUGGAAACUUCGGGGCAAAGCCAAAAGAGCCGACGGGGAGGAGGAGGAAGCGGAUGAAGCAGAUAGUUUUGAACCAGAAGUGCUGAUGCUUGCAUCGAAGACUAAGAAAGCGAAGAAGUCAUUGGGAGUUGCCUUGGUGCCUGGCAAUCCAGGAGUUCCGCACUACUACUGCGAGUUCGGUGAGGAGAUACAAAAGGCUUUUGACACCCAAGGUCUUGCAUCUCCCACGAUUUACUGCGUUGGCUACAAGAACUUUCCCACAUGUGCCGAGGGCGCCGCAGUGAGGCAGAAGUCCUCCCCUGCGUCCCUUGAACAGGAGUCCACAGCGAUUGGGGAAGUCCUUGUCCAGCUGCAGGAGCUGCACCCUGAUGGUUUUGUCAUCCUUGGCCACUCUAUUGGCGCCUGGAUUGUCCUUCAGACUUUGAAGCUGGUGAAUGACAGCGCUUCCCCGGUUCCCUUGGCAGUCCUUGCAAUGCCGUAUUUGGAGUAUCGUCCUUUUAGCAUGCAGACCUUGAUGCGGGUUCCGCUCUCCCUUGCUCGCUUGGUGGCGCUCACUGCCACUGCUUUGCCUUCGAGGCUGAAGGCACUUCUGGCUUUGCCGCUAAGCCACAACCCCAGAGGCAGCUUGGCAUAUGACGUGACCUUGAAGACUUUUCUGUGUCAGCCUCACCAGCUCUCUGCUGUUGUUGGCCUCUACCACACAGAGUGCAGUCGGCUUGAUCCUGCCAAGCAAGGCCAAGGCUUCAGUGAGUGCAAGUCCAUUCUGAGCAUGGAAGAUCGCCCACCGGUUCUUGCUCUCUUCACAAAGGGUGACAUGUGGGCGCCCAUGGAGCACUUUUACAAGCUGAAAGGCCGAUGUUGUCCUGUGUGGGCCCGCAUUUACAGUGAUUCAAUGUCAAGCGAGGCCUCUUGUCUGAUAGAGAUGAGAUCGUAGAUUUGUCAGCAGACCCCACGAUGUGACUUGGAGAUGAUAAGUGCAACUGCUCCAAUCACAAUUUGCAGCCUGGUUAUUGAUGCUACUCGUACAUUGAGAAGGGCACUCUUGCAAGGGCACUCUUGCAAAGCUGCUAAACCUCUUGAAUUGCAUGGUUUGAACGGAUUGAACCAGCCAGAACAAAGUCCUGCAAACAUCCGAGGAAAGGUCUCAAAGCUCCUUCCCAUUCCUUCGUGCUUUCUCGGCAGCACUGCCAAAGCAUCGCCGGUCUUGUAGCAGCUUCGAUGGCGAAGCGCUGAUCGGGACAAAGAAUCCCAGCGUUUGCUUAGUCAAAGUUAUUCUCCAUUAUCGUACAUUUGCUUUCAAUUGUUUCAGGCCUUGGUCCCCUUUGGAUCAAGCCCAAUUUGUAGUUUGUAGACACAUCGAUUUCUGUGAUCAAAAA